AUGGAGACGGAGGCGGAGCGAAGAAGAGCGAGCAAGAAAACUGACGAGAAGCCCAAGAAGAAUGCGCUCCGGACCCUGGCCGAACGACAUCGCAUCGUCUAUGCCCCGGGCUCCGACAUUGGCAGCAUCACCGUGGACUCCGAGGCGAUGUACAUCUAUGUGCCCGAUCAGCAGGCAGGCUUCACCCCCAAGGACGAGCAGAGCGCGGAGAAAGACCCGGAGCAGCUUCCGGAAGCUGUGCGGCUCGUCAGAGCUCUGCAAACGUCGGAGGCGGCCCUGGACAAGGCUUCGGAGGGGCGCGCCAAGCUUCGCCUGAUUGGGGACACAGCAGUUCGUAUGGACCAGACGGAUGCCUCAGGCAAGGCUGAAGACCAGCCCCAGAGGCGACCGGCUCCAGAAGGGAACGCGCUCGAUGCAAAGCAGGAGGAUGCUUCGGGAGACGAGGAAGGCGAGGAGGAGUGCCCGGAAGAAGAUGCAGAGCAGGACGAGGAGAUGCUCGAGCGAGCGCAGCAGCGCUUCGCCCGGGGGCCGCGGUUGGAAGACCUGGUCUACGGCCGGGAACGCUUGCAGGAGCAGCACGGAGGAAGCGCUUCCUCCAAAGAUCCGGGCACGCAGGGCAGCCACGGCCCCACCGACCACGCCACCGUCCCUCUGUUUGACGAGGACGACGAGGAGGGCGGGGAGGAUGCCCUUACCUCGAGGCAGCCAGAGAGCCAGAGAAGGUUGCUGGGCAAUGUCGGCGACUCUAACGCUUUGGACACCGCCCGCAUGCCAAUUUUGCCCGGGCAGGAGAAGCCCUGGAGCGAAGAGCGGAAAGAGGAGCUGAAGGCGCGGAAGUUCAUCACAGGCGGUUGGAGCUCCGCCGAGGAAGACGACCCUGACCCUGACGAGGCGGACGGGAAGGAGAAAGAAGAGGACGAGAACGCCGAGAAUGCCGAGGAUGGCGGGAAUGCUGAGAAGCAGGAGGACGGUGGUGCCCCCGAGAACGGUCUGCUGGAGGACUUCUCAGACAGCUUUCCGAUCGGCACCUUCGUGCGAAUUCGUCUGGAGGAUGUUCCCGCUGCCUGUGUCGCAGCGAUGCGUGGAGAGAGGCCACUGAUUCUUGGUGGCUUACUACCGGGUGAGUCUCGGAUGGGCCUGGUGCAGACCAGGAUCAAGCGACAUCGAUGGCAUCCGAAGCUGCUGAAGAGCUCCGACGCCCUGCUUCUGUCGGUUGGCUGGAGGCGUUUCCAGACUGUGCCGUGCUUCUCCUUGGAAGACCGGGGAGAGAAGCGCAUGCGCUACCUGAAGUACACGUUGGAGCAUGCCCACUGCACGAUGACCAGCUAUGGACCCAUGGUUCCACCCAAUACGGGAAUCCUUGCGUUCAGGAGCUGGGAGAAGAUUGGCCACUUCCGGGUGUGUGGCACUGGUGUCGUGAUGGAGGCCGCGCCGAACUUUGAGGUGAAGAAGAAGCUUAAGCUCGUGGGUGAGCCCUACAAGAUCUUCCGGAACACGGCCUUCGUGAAGAACAUGUUCAGCUCGGAUCUGGAGGUGAACAAGUACAUGCAUGCCAAGAUCCAGACCGUGAGUGGCAUCCGCGGCGAAGUCAAGAAGGCCGAAGGUGUCAAAGGGCACUUCCGGGCUUCUUUCGAGGACAGAAUACUGAUGUCCGACCUCGUCGUCUGCAAGUGCUGGAUCACCGUGCCUUUCAAGCAGUUCUAUCAUCCCGUCAUUGACGUGCCGAACUGGCGCCCGGCGCGGCUUAUCGGUGAGCUUCGCGCCUCCCAAGGCAUGCCUGUUCCGGACAAUCAAGACAGCCACUACGGGCGGCAGCUCGUGAGACCCGAGCGCCGCUUCAACGCGGUUCAAGUGCCGCGGAGCCUCCAGGCGUCGUUGCCCUUCAAGGCCAAGACCCGCUACUUGCCAAAGAGCCGCAAGACGGGCCUGGCGAAGAAGGCUGCAAUUGUUUCCAGCGAGAGGGAGAAGGCCGUCAACGCCCUCCUUCACAGGUUAUACACCAUCCGCAAGGAGAAAGCGCGAGUUCGGCACGAAGCCAGCAGCCGCAGAAAGAAGGCAAAGGAAGUAAAGGACAAGUUCAUUCAGGACAAGCGAGAUGCUCAUCAGAAAGAGUCGCGCAAGCUUCGGUACAAGAAGGAAGGACAGAAAGUCGCGCAGAAGCGAAAGGCCAUGAUGAUGGACUGA